CACUGCUCGCAAAUUACAUCACAGUUGCGCCCACAGACGCACACGCAAAUGACACCGGGACACCCUGUCUCCUAAACAAAAAGAAACCGCUUUGCAUUUUGUUUAACAAAAAAUUCACUUUUCACUAUUAGAUGCAACGAUGCUUCCUUUCAAGAGAACUUUUGAGAGCGAAAAACACCAGCUGCAGGAGCUCAACAGCAGACUUUCCCAGUAUCUGUCCAGGACCAAGCAGCUGGAGCAAGAAAAUGCGCAUCUCAUCGCUGAGAUCAAUAAACUCAGACAGGUGAGGACCGCCGAUCGGCAACCGAACUACAAAACCGAGAUGCAGGAUCUGCGGAGAAUGGUGGGGCAGCUGUCGUUCGAGAAGUCCCAGGCGGAGAUGGAGAGGGAGAAGCUAUGGCGGGAGUUGCAGAUGGUCCAGUCUCUGCGCAGCGAGCAGACCGACGUGUGCAGGGACAUCAGCGGCGAGCUCCAGGGCUGCGAGAAGGAGCUCCAGCACGCCCACAAGACCAACCACGAGCUCCAGCAGCGACUGGUUCAACUGGAGAACGAGUACAAACGCUUAGAGGACGCGCACAGGCAAGAAAUGCACCAACUCCGGCAUCAGGUGGAGUCCCGGGUGGUUCCCAUCAUCACGCAAACUUAUCGCGGCCCCCCGGCGGUCUCCGUGGAAGAGGUGCAAGAGUACGCGAGGGGUCUGUCCGAAGGAUGGAUCGAGACCUUCGAUAUGUACCAGCAGAAGGUGGAGGAGAUGGAGCAGUCGAUUAAAGCGGACCAGGCCAGGCUGAGCGACCUGCAGAGGGAGAAGAUGCUGUACGCGUGCGAGUUGGACAAAAUGCGCAAAGAGGCGGAAAGACAGGGACAGAUCCAAGUGCGUCUGGAGGAGCAGCUGAUGAAUAUGCACGAGAAAUUCCGUGUGGACUUCAAUGACUAUCAGAUGAUUGUUGAGCAGCUGGAGCACGAGAGGAACGUCAUGGCUGACACUAUAGAAGAAAAGAUGAGGGAGCAUCAGCACCUUCUGCAGGUGAAGAUGGAUCUGGGCAUGGAGGUGGCUGCUUACAGGGCUCUCCUGGAAGGUGAGCGGGUAGGUCUGCAAGAUGCGCAAAGGAGGGGGAAUCAACAUCAGAGAGAAAGAAUAAUAGAUAUCAAGAUGCCUUCCCAACCCUACACUCCAAGAGCUUCCACCUUAACCACCAGACAACAUACGGACAUAAGGUACUCACCACCAAUAUCAAGCCUGGGAAGAUCCCCUGUGUCUCUCUCUGGGUCCAGAAGUCCUUCCAGGGUCAUCCCUAUUUCAGUUGCAGAGAGAACUCGCCAUCAGAGUCCGACAUCCAGAAGGGACAUGAUCUCAUUCAACAAAGCUCGGGCUGCCGCUUCGGCCCCUGCUACCACCACCAAAGAUACACAAAUAGGCCAAAGAGAAAAGCAAAUGAGUCAAAAUGUGCAGAAAACAAAAGCAGAGGACAAAACUGUGAAAGUCAAACAGGUAGAGAGCCAAAUCGGUCCAGUAAAGUCUUCAACAGUAGAGACCAAAUCAGUAAAAGUGGUGUCAUCACCAAUGAUGAACCUCGAACGCACGAAAACUGAGACAGAGAGCAAAAAGCACGUGUCAGGUGAAAAAGUGAAAGGCAGCGUUUAUGACGAGUCCAAGGACAAAGAGAGAACAGAGUCUACAAUAGGUCCAACUGAGAAAAAGAUAUUAGACUCUGUGUCUGUAGAAGAGAUAAUUGAGAAAGUGAUCAAACCAGCAGGUUUAGACGCUAAGGUCUGCUCAUCAGGAGAGUCGAAGGUCAGAUACCAUGUGGAGAAAACCGAGCAAGAGGACGGCACAACUAAGACACAGAUUGUGCUGGAGUCCAAGGUGGAGGAAGAGCUGGAUGUUUCAGAGGACUCUGCCCUGGAGGACCUACUGAGCCAAGGUGUGAAGAAGGUCUCACUGGAGGACAUCAAGGAUACAGCAACAGGAAGCAUGAUCAAGAAUCUGUUGAGUGGCUUGCAGGGAGGAGAAAGCCUAGAAAAUAAGUCUGUCAAUGUGGAAAUCAUUGAGGAGCCUGUGGAGUCUCACAGUGAUGAGGAGCUUGAGGUUGAACAGAAGUCCAGAUCUAGUUUUUAUGAACCUUCGACGUAUUUCCAAAUCGAAGAGCUAGAAAAUGUCUCUCAUGACACUCAGAGGGGCGAUGAUGAUGAUGAUGCCAUGAAAUCCUUCAUGACCGGCACAGACCGCUCCAGGGGUGGAUAUGUACAAGUCGAAGAGGUCUCCAGAGAGAGUGAACCCUCACAUUUCUCCCAUGACCAAGAUUCUCAUGAGUAUUUUGUCUCCACACCAGAUGACAAUCUUUCUGAACCCGAGGAGGGGGUUGGGAUAACUUCAUACGGCCAUUAUGGCAUUGUAGAUGACCUGUCAGAUGAGAGGUAUUAUCAAGAUGAAAGUCUGCCCCAGAAAAGAGUGAUUGUAGAGGAAAGUGAUGAAUACAAGUUCACGUCGGGAGAUCGCCUGUUUGCCAAAGAGAGUUUUCCGGAGUGCAUCAUUGAAGAAGAAGUUCGUGUUUCACCUAUCGUGCAGGAGUCGGUGCUUGAGUUCCUGAGAGAGGACUCUUUGGAGCCCAAAGACCAGCUGAAGGGGGCUCUUGAGAAGCUCCAAAGCUCCGUGUCAGGUCCACUGAGAGAGGAGUUGGCUUUCCUCACAAAAGUGAGCAGUGAAAGUGGACAGAAUGUGGCCGUCGAUGUCAAAAAAGUUCAACAGUCAACUGACAACGGAACCAUGACCAUAGUCGCAGAGCUAAAUGUCUCUCAAAGCCUGGAAGAGUCUGGACUGCUGGAGGCAGGAGAUGAUCUGUCUGAAGACCAGAUCAUGGCAGCUCUCAGAUCCUCUAACCUAGGGCUGGAGAAAGCCUUCCAGGGUGGGGCAGGAGGAGGGUACAGCAUCCGAGUUGUUGAAGAAGAUGAUGAUGAUGAUGCUCAGGGUGGGGGUUUUGGCGUCUUCAGCAGUGAAGGAGAAUCUGCGUCUGAAAUCACUCAGAAAUACGUUAAACUGGGACAAGCAGAGAAGCCCUUCACCUUCCAGAUGGACGUACAGGGCAGCCAUGCUGAGGCCACCGCAGAGCCAGAGCUGCAGUCGCACAUCUUGGAGACCCCUGUGAAGAUUUCUCAAGAGAAAAGAAUCGCAACAAUUUACCUUGAAAACCCCUCAGAAGAUUGAGAAUGAAAUAAGUCAGAAAUAUUUUCAAACUCAACUAUUGCCAAUGUAUGACUGUAUGUUGAAGUGCACAUACAAGAGCUGUCCCAAUGCUGCAGUCCACACACUGUAAGAAUGCUGUCAUUUCUGCAGUCGCACAUAUCGAAGUGAUUUUGGUGUGCUCUUUUACUAUACUUAAAGUUUGCUGCCUAAAGCUUGGAGUAACAUUGGAGCAAAAUGCAGCUAUUUAGUUAAAAUUACCAGAAUAAUAUAGCCUUUGGUAUUGAUUGCGGCAGUGCUAAAAAUACUAGAUACUAACUAGUAAGGACUAGAUGUACUUGCACUUAAAACAUCAACGUAUUGUAGCUGUUUUUUAUGCUCGGCAAUACUGAUGUGUGUUGCGCUAGUAUGUUUAACCUUUUCAUAGCUACCUGGUUAUCUUCUAAUAGCUUUGUUUAUUCUCUUUAGAGCCCUCUAUUUUUGUACUAACCUGUGCUGGACAGCUUUAACAGCCACAUUCUGCAGUUUACAGCACACCAUCAACCAGGCCAUCGCUUCACGGCUGUAUUUGCCGUGAUGCUGAGUCCUCGGUCAACAUUUAAUGUAGAUCAACAGGGGACACUUGGAGGCAUGAGGUGCUGUUCCAUUAGCAGACUGAGGCUAUAAUUUUCCUUGUGUCUUGGGCACCUCUACAAAAUGGAAUGUUGUUAGUACUUAUUAGAUCAAGGAACACGGUGGUUUGUUUUGAGAAGUAGUCACUAACAUGUACAGAACAGAGUGAUGCUAUAGUAUAGUGGGAGUGAUAUAAACAAGAUGUCUUUUGACAUUUGUCUUAAGAAGCUUUUAACUAGUUGUGGCACUUAAAAGGGAUUGUCUGGAAUUUUUAUUUACUCACUCAACUAAUGGCACAAUCUGAAAAGGAAUCAGCGAUAUUUUAAUCAACUUGGAGUUAUAUGAUCAGCGCAAUUUGUGAGCGACAUGUUUCUAUUAAAUGUAUGUUUACAUGGUGUGUACCAAUGCCAUACAUUUCUCUAUUACCAAAAGUAAACAUGAUUUGGUCUGAACAUGUAAUUGUGCGUUAAAAUUUCUAAAUUAUGGAUUGUAUCAUUUAGAAUUCCACAUAUUUCUGUCAAGCAAUAUUUGGAAUCUGACUGAAUUAAGACGGUCCAGUAAUUGUGAAAAUAGAAUCACAUCCGGUUGUGAUGUAAGUUGAGUUUGGCACGUCUUUGGCUCGUCCACGCUUGUUGGCCAUCACAGAGUUGGCUUGAAGGAUUCACCUUUGCUCUGACCUAAGAGUGUGUUUAUGACUGCGACUAUUUUUGGAUCAUCAGCUUAGUGGCAUUGAGUGUUCACUGGGGUUUGUUGUGUUGUGUACUAGUUGUAGAGGCAGAAAUGGAACACUAUGGUUACACGAUAUGUUUUGGACAUUUUCUCUUAAUGGCUUUAUAACUUAGACUUUGUAACUACUGAGAAACAUCUAUGCAGACUUGGCAUUGUGUUAAAAAUGCAUAAAUGCAAUAUUUAGCAAAAAAAAUGCUGUGCUUUUCUAAAUGUAUUCAUUUGAAGUAAUCAGAAAUCUACAGACAGAACCUGGAACUCAAAGGAUUUGUUGCAUUUAAGUGCCCAGAUAUAGCCGUUUUCCAUAAAUUUUCUUACCAGCAGACAAUUUAAACACAAACACUAUUACAUCAGUGCACUUAAACUGUAUCUUUAUAUGUAUGUACACAGUGUAAUCUGGAUACUAUGUGCCAUUUCAUAGCAUGAACAAAUUGUACACAUAAGCAUACAGAAAAUUUAUGGAUCUCUUAAAAAACUGUUUGAGUCAGUGAUCAAUGAAUGUGGAAUGGACAGACCAACAUCAAUGUUUUUAUUGACAUUAUGAUUUGUAUUGAACAAAUGACAGUUUGCUUUGGUUGACACUGGUUCCAGCCCCUACUAAAAUGAAUUAAUAUCUUAACAUCAUUAAAACAUAUUGUGGGCA